UACGUCAACUUGCUUGAGAUUUCGUUUCUCUUAUGUCAAAAUGGGAGUGAAAACUCUCAGGAAAACAAUGUGAAAAACCCAAAUUUCUCAUUGUCAGGAUGAAGAAAAUAUUCGUUAUGAUCGUGUAAUACAUACACCGACAUGUUUACCAAGAAAUCUCACCAAGAUGUUAAGAAAUCAACAGUCAAAAUACAGGAUUCUAAAAAGGACUCUGCAACCCGAUUGAAACACUUAAAAAUUGUUUUAGAGCACAUUGAUGCGGAUGAAGCCAAAACGUACUUUGAGGCCAACUUCAGCCAUGUGUAUUUUAUAUUGUAUGACAACUUUAUCCAAGCAGAAAAUAACCUUCGCCAAAGAGAACUUCCGUUCCAUCUUGUUCAUAAAGCCGGAAGGGAAGAGCUAGAAGGGGCGUUGUCCCUUCUAGAGAAAGUAUUAUGCCUGCUGCCAGAGCUGAUCGGGAAAAGAUGGCAGCUGCACUCGUUGACCAGGAUCUUCUCAAAGCUCCUCCAUAGUGGUAAUUCACAGAAGUUGCGAGCAGAAUCGAUAAGAUAUUUCCUGCUCUGGUAUCAAGCCCUCGGUGACAAUGCGCCAGUGGAAGUUCACAAGAUGUUCGCCUCCCUGGUGCCAGGACUGCCCGAACCUUGCAUACUACCGAGCGGGUCACCACUCAAAGGGAAACCUGACCCAAACGCACCAAACGACUCCGGAGACUUCAGCAUGGAGGAUAUACUGCACCAUCCGAAUUUUAGCUCGACCACAGACAAUGCCAAAAAGGUUGUAGUGGAGCAAACUACUACAGGUUUCAUGGGGAAACUAGCGAACGUCUCAGCGUCCAUCUUUCAUGAUACAAACGCUUUAAACCCAGUCCAAUGUGUAGAGGUUCUGCCGCUACUGCCACCAAGUGCCAAUGAGAAAGCUAUUGACAAUGAAACGAAGCAUUUCUUUGAAAUAUUACUGGAAGGAAUGGCGGCGUCGGUAACCAAGAUACAUUGGAAGGACCGGUCGCACGCGAAGUGUAUGAGGAGUUUUGCGUUUUUGCUGGAGAGGUUUAAGAUGUAUUAUUUGCCUGUCAUCUGUCCGCAGUAUAACAGCAAGAAUUCUUUGUAUAAACCGAAUUUAGAACUCCCAGUCCAACACAACAUACUCGACGACGACUACGUUCUAUGCCGCGUGAUCCUCAUCAAAUGGGUGGCGAACUACGCCCACUUCCUCAAGAAGACCGGAAGUGACGGCGGCCAACCGUCUUCUAUGACGAGCACAGGAUCGCACGUGCCGCAUUCGAAUACUCCGACACCGGCGACUUCGUUGCAUCAUGAGGAGGAAACGUCGUUCACCGUGGGACAACCUUCUGACUCUAGCCGAGCUUCCUCUCAUGACUCUGCGUCUAAUACGCCGCAUCCUAGCUUGGAACCAGGUUGCCCUGCAGAGGAACUGUGCAGCUCUGCCGUAGUCCGCGACGUGCUAUGCGGCUGGUCGCGCGAACACGUCGACUUCACAAUAGAAGUAUUGCGCCAAGCCUUCCUGUUGCCGUUCGCUCACGCCGGGGCAGCGCGACGUGUCAUCGCACUUUAUAAGGACUGGAUACAGAUGAACGUAUCAGAGAUCCCGCCAUUCCUGCUAGAAAAUACAUACGAGUCUAACGAGCCCGCAGCGCCGCCGCGACGGCUCCGCAACGACUCGUACCUUGGCGCCGUGGGGCGGGAUAAUGUUAUGGUGCGCGCUGGCCUUCAAAACGUUCUACAAGUAUUCAUGACGCAAGCGGCCAACGUGUUCCUAGCGAGUUCCUCUCCAGUGGCGCCACCUGGCGGGCUGGGGCAGCAACAACUGCUGGAAGAGCAGACGGACACGUGCAAGCGAGUGCUCAACAUAUACCGCUACAUGGUCAUGCACGUCGCUAUGGACGCCGGCUCGUGGGAACAACUACUGCUGGUAUUGCUUCAAAUAACGUCGCUUGUACUUACCAAAGUACCACCAAAGAGAAAACAGGAAUCGCUGGGUGGAUUUUUGGCACCAGCGUUAUUCCAAACGCUAAUAGUGACGUGGAUAAAGGCGAAUUUAAACGUAGCAGUUAAACCGGAGCUGUGGCAGAACUUCAUGGAGCUGCUGACGAGGUUAACUCAUUGGGAGGAGUUAAUAACUGAAUGGGCGAAAACGAUGGAAACCCUAACCCGCGUGUUAGCCCGGCACGUGUACUCGUUGGACCUGUCGGAGAGCAGCGAGGCGCGCGGGCGGGGCCGGGAGGGGCGGGAGGGGCGCGGGGAGCGCCGCGCCACGCCCGCGCCCGCGCCGCUGCGCCAGGCGCCGCCGCCGCAGCAGCCGGAGGGCCGAGCGCUGGGCAAAUCACCAAAGCUGUCGGCGGGCGCAACUAGGCGACUGGAGACAGGCGCGCGGCGCCUCACGCGGGCGCGCUCCGACCCGCACCUACACAAGCACGCGCCCGCCGUCACACACACAGCAGAAGAAACCAAAGAGCCAGCCAGCAACAACAAGCCCCGGAGGUGGUACUCCCUGGACUCGCUGCGGCACUCCUCGCAGCACGAUGAGAGAGACUCCGCUAGUGAAUCUCGGUCCCCGUCGCCGGCUCCAUCGAGCGGCGUCGAAAGCAGCUCCAUCAAGGAUUCGCCGCUGCAGAUAGACUUGGCGUCAGACGGCGGGAAUGUUGAGUGGUCAGAAAACGAGACGACAGACAGCUUGGCCGGGUCAGCGGGCGUCGGCGUGGUGAUGGGCGGCGGCGCUCGCGGCUGGCUGCCCGACGUGGCCGCCGUCAUGUGGCGGCGCAUGCUGGCCGCCCUGGGCGACCCCAACCUGCUGCGCGACCCGCAGGCGCACAAGAACCUCUACAAGUACCUCAUACACCUCAACACUACCCUCCUCAAGAUAAGCCAGAACCAGACACUAAAUGGCAACACGGAGAUCCAUGUGCCUUUCAACCUCGUGGCAGGAUGGUGCCUCGAGGCAGAGGCUUUGCCGCCUUCGCACAGGGCUGGCAAACUCCUGGCGCUACGACUACUGUGCGAGAGCACGCAAGCGCAAGCCCAGGGCCCGGGCGCGCCCUCGUCGUGCAACAACCGGCUACAUCUCGCACACCUGCAUCUGUACCAGCGCGCGCUCCACCAUGGCCUGACGGGCGAGGACCGCUCCGUGGUAGACGUGCUGGUCGAGUACGCGGCGCCCCGCUACCUCUCCCUGGCUCUCGACGGCUACUCGCUACUGCUGCUCGACUUCGUGCACGCCUCCACCGUCGUGCUCAACUCCUCCGACAUGGGGCCCACGUGUCCGCGAACAGCGGCGGUGACGUUCCUAGGUUCACUACUCGCCUUACCAGAUGCCUUAAUGAACGCGCCCAUGUUACAACCGUACCCCCAUCAAUACAACACCGUCUCAUGUCCGGAUCUCAAGGAACACGUGCUAAAUAUAGUAGUCCGCGUGUGCCGGCGGGAAGGCGCGGCCGCGGCGCGUUGCUGCGGCGCCUGCGCGUUGACCGCGCACGUGUGCCGCCUACUAGCCACCAGGCAGCACUGCCCGCGCCUGCCUUCCAUCGUCACCUGCCUGCUGCAGAUGCUGAUGAUGAAAAACAAGCACAUCGCGAAAGUGGUCAGCGACUGCAUACUGGUGUUAGCCGACUACACGGACCGCAUAGUUGAAAUGUAUCCGGGGCUCGCUGGUAAAAUAAUAAAGUGGAUCUGUGCAUGCUUGGCCCAACUCGCGAGCAGUAGCGGACGCGACUCAGUGAAGCCUUUGGCUGGCUCGCUGCUCCUGUGUCUCGCUGAGUUCGCCGUACGGUGUGGCCCCACGUAUCUCAUGCAGGAGAAGGAGGGAGAGCAGACGCUGUUGCUUAUCAUAUUCAAGGUGCUAUACGCUGUGAUGCGAGGAACGAACACAGAAAUAGAAGGUUUAUCAUUACCCGUGGACGAGGACUUUGACCCCAACAUCCAGCCCGGCCAAGACAAUCUAGGCCAGAAAACUGCUCCUGCUUCCACCAUAGACGUGAAACUAUGGGCACAGACGAUCUGCACGCAGCUAGUCCUGUUCCUCGGCCACUGGCCUCUGUGGAGCAGCUGCCAGCUCUCUUGCGGCGUGGGCGAGCAGCACGACAGCUCGCCGUCGCUGGGGUCCGAGCUGGGCGCCGCCGUGCUGUCCGCGCCGCACAUCCAGCUGCUGCGGCUCAGCGACGCUACGCUCGCCUCGCUGGUCGAGCUGCCGGCGCUGCCCCCGCCGCCGCCCGCGCCCGGUCUAGCGACAUCAGAUCGGCAGGUGCGCGUUCUGCUCCGCGACAUCGCGGGGAAAGCGUGCUGGGACGCCUCGGCGUUGUACUACGAUCCCUCCUACUGCGCGGAGCAGGAACCCGAACCGUUGGCUUUGCCAGAGAGCGUGGAGAGUCCGCGGGACAACACGUUGUCAUCAUUGCCGCCGCCGUUACCGCCAGAUCUGCUGCCGGACUACCAAAACUGUCCGCCAGAUAAACACCAGUUGGAUCAUGUGCUGGCGUACAUCGGUCACACAUCGCCAGAGGUAGUAGACGGCCGAAGGUUGGACGAGGCCGGUCCUUCUCCGCUGCCUCCAGGAGCCGAAGACGAACUGGUGGCCGCGCUGGUCGCGCACCGGAACGCUGAGCGGCACUACCUCGCCUCUAGAGACAGUGACGAGGAACUAGAAAUACCAGAGAGAACCGACAGCGGGUCAGCAGGCCCAUUCUCGCAGUGCCGGCUGCUACUGGCGCAGCUGGGCACGCUGGCUCCGUCGCGACGCGCGCACGCUCAGCUGCUUCGCCGCUCUGAGCGCCUGCUGCGAGAACUGCGGAAUCUAGACGCACAGAGGUGUCGAGAGACUCACAAAGUGGCGGUGAUCUAUGUGGGCAAAGGGCAGGAGACCCGCAACGAAAUCCUGUCCAACCGCUGCGGCAGCCCCGCCUACGAGGCCUUCCUGGCUGCCUUAGCGUGGGAGGUGGAGCUGGAGAGCCACGUGGGGUUCACGGGCGGGCUGCGCGGCGGCGGCGGCGCCACAGCGCCCUACGUGGCCACGCUCACGCUCGAGGCGCUCUUCCACGUCGCCACGCGCAUGCCCGCCGACACGCCCGACGCUAUACUCAACAAGACACGGCAUCUCGGCAACGACGAGGUCCACGUAGUGUGGAGCGAGCACUGGCGGGCGUACAAGAGAGACACGCUGCCCACCCAGUUCUGCGACGUGCUGAUCGUGCUGUACCCGCUGUCGGCCGGGCUGCUGCGGGUCACCGUCUCCAGGAAGCCUUCCGUGGCAGUGUUCGGUCCGCUGUGGGAGGAGGGUAUCGUGAGCGUGGAGUGCUGCGCGGCGCUGGUGCGCGGCGCCGCCACCGCGGGCGGCCGCGCCGUGCGCGCCACCAUGCCGCUCUACCAGCACGCGUAUUCCGAACGAGCGAGGAGCUUACAACAGCUGGUGCAACACCACACGCAGCCGGCGACGUUCGAGCACUUCGUGGAGCGCGUACGCGAGCCCGUGCCUGCCGUUACACAGCCGCAGGAACAAAACCCCGGGCGUCUAGCGGCGGCGCUCCUGGACGCGGGCUCGGCGACUUGGGGCGGCGGGGGGGUGGUCUUGGGCGCGGGCGCGGGGGACGCGCUGAGCGUGUCGCCGCGCGCCGGCAAGCGCCUGGGGCCCUUCAAGCGCCCGCCCCACCCGCCGCCCGCUGAACCCGCGCAAGGGCAACCCGCUCCGGCGCCCGCGCCGGCGCCCAGGAAGCACCGGUGA